AUGGUCGACAAGAAGAUGGAGGAGAACAUAGCGCAGUUUUGCGGCGUCACCGGCGCAUCUGAAGGACGCGCGUCGCUUCCUAGAGAAUCCCACUUUGUCCGGCCAGCGUCCGGCGCGUCUGCCACGGCCAGACUCAACGCGCUGUUUCACAAGUACAAGGACGCGGAUGGCGAGGAGAUAACGGUCGAUGGGACAAUUCGGAUGUGCGAGGACCUCGGCGUCGACCCCGAAGACGUGGUCUUGCUUGCUGUUGCCUUUGAGCUGAAGAGCCCCCACAUGGACGAGUGGUCUAGAGCGGGCUAUGUCGAUGGCUGGAAGGCUCUUGGCGCCGACUCUAUUCCCGCAAUGCAAGCGGCGCUCUCCCGCCUCCGCACGCGUCUCACGUCUGGUGUCGACCCCAAAUACUUCCAGAAGGUCUACAACAACACGUUCGAGUUCGCGAAGAGCGAGGGGCAGCGGAGUAUUCCGCUCGAGACGGCGACUGCGCUUUGGGACUGCUGCUACCGUAUGCAACGUUGGGAGGAAGAGUGGAUGAUAACGGGGACACACUUAUGGAGGUCGACGGGUGGCGUCCCGAAUACAACGACUGGUGAUACAUGGAUCAUGUUCCUCGACUUUGUGCGCUCGAUUGACGCGCGCUUCGCAACAUACGACGUCGACGCCGCGUGGCCGUCCUCCAUCGACGACUUUGUCGAACUGCAUGUCGCUGUCGCGGAGUACCGAAAUACAAAUCUACCGCAGCGGCUCCACUGCCUCCCGGGGCGUGCCACAAUAAGCAGAGACAUCUCCGGGUAUCGCUAUCAGCAGCACAGAUAUAGCCUUGGCCCGGCGCGGACCACCGAGUGGCCGGUCUCUUUCGUACGGAGCGGGAUGCUCGUGGGCUGA